UGCCGGUGUCGGCGGCCCGAGCGGCUGCAGCUGCAGCGGCGGGGGAGGCGGCAGCGGAGCGCGGGAGGGGGGCUGCGCGGGGGGCCGGCGCGUAGCCGGGACUAUGGAGGGGCAGAGCGGCCGCUGCAAGAUCGUGGUGGUGGGGGACGCGGAGUGCGGCAAGACGGCGCUGCUGCAGGUGUUCGCCAAGGACGCCUACCCCGGGAGUUAUGUCCCCACCGUUUUUGAGAACUACACCGCGAGCUUUGAGAUCGACAAGCGCCGCAUUGAGCUCAACAUGUGGGACACUUCAGGUUCCUCUUACUAUGAUAACGUCCGGCCUCUGGCCUAUCCUGACUCGGACGCUGUGCUCAUCUGCUUCGACAUUAGCCGACCGGAAACACUGGACAGUGUCCUCAAGAAGUGGCAAGGGGAGACUCAAGAGUUUUGCCCCAAUGCCAAGGUUGUGCUGGUUGGCUGUAAACUGGACAUGCGGACUGACCUGGCCACACUGAGGGAGCUGUCCAAGCAGAGGCUUAUCCCUGUUACACAUGAGCAGGGCACUGUGCUGGCCAAGCAGGUGGGGGCUGUGUCCUAUGUAGAGUGCUCUUCCCGGUCCUCUGAGCGCAGCGUCAGAGAUGUCUUCCACGUGGCCACCGUGGCCUCCCUCGGCCGUGGCCACAGGCAGCUGCGCCGUACUGACUCACGCCGGGGACUACAGCGAUCUGCUCAGCUGGCAGGACGGCCAGACCGGGGGAAUGGGAAUGGGAACGGAAAUGAGGGCGAGAUACACAAGGAUAGAGCCAAGAGCUGCAACCUCAUGUGAGGGGUCCUGUGGGAGGAGGCGGGGGGCCUGGGGCACAGUUGUCCCACUGCUGGUCCUGGCUUCCUGAUCUCCUGACUCUGUUUGGGACUUUAGGGCGGGUGAAUGAACAGUUCUUCCUGACAAGGGAGUUGGAGGCAGAAGGGUGCCACUGUUCCCCACAUCCUCAUUCCGCUCCUGUCCAAGGCAAGUUGAGGGAACUAGCAGAGCAGGCAUCUGGGCUGCGGGCUGGGAUGGGGCCAGGGGUCUGGGGAAGCCAGCAGCAAGCAGUGACCUUGGUUGAGUCUCAGUGUAUGAGGGGUGCCUUCCUCCCCACCUCCAGUCCCCAUAUCCUGGUCCUGGCACUCUUCCCCAAGGAAAGUGUCCACUCGCUGACCUUCCUUCUUCCUCACCUCUCACUUCCACAGCUGUUCUCACUCAUCCUAACCUCCAGGCAACAUGCACUAAAUUAAAAAGCAAACUGAGAAGCCUCUCUCUCUCCCCCUGUCCCCUUCUACCCACCAGUCCUAGCUCCCUCCUUCCCUUCCCCCAGUAGAGUCCAAAUAAAGCCCAUGUCCAUGGAAAAUGA